GAUAACGGACGGUGUCCGACAAAAAGAGAAACUGCCCCUUGCCAUUCAUUCAACGUUUCUCCGAUAAUUAGAGCGAUGCGUCUGCUACUGCUUCUCUGCUUCAUGUUAUCAACUGUCUUUGCUCGCCCCUCUACAUUUGACCCUCACCCACCGGCCUUCAAUCAAUUGCUCAACCUCCUUCCACCAAAAACAACAAUUGGGCCUCCAGUCGAUUCACCUGUCACGGACUUCCUUUUAUCUGCAAAUAUCUACGUCCAAAUCAGUUUUGUCGCCGCAGUUGUCGGCGUUUGCUGCUGCUUUGCAGUUUUUGCUCGUUGCCAGACCAGGUCCGAGCCUAAAUGGUACAUAGAAGGUGUGAUCGAACGGAGCAGACACAGCGCAUGCAAUGUGUAGGAUUAAUUGUACCUGUUAUCUUAUCCCGAAUUUUCUGUAUUCCCUUUGAUUUUUUUUGUUUGGUUUUUUGUUUUCUAUUUCAUGAUAAACUUCUUUUGUCUGAAAA